UUCCAUUGACUUCCAUUAAAAGUAAAAUAGGUUUUUUCCUUCUCCUGUAAAGUUACCAUUUUGGAGAUACAAGGUUUUCUUCCGACAACAGCGAUAUGUAUAUGUACCAUGUAAAUGAGAAUAGUUUCAUGCCUUUUUCCCCUUAUUUCAUACAAACCCUCAUAAAAAGUAUAACUAAACAGACUUAGACAAGAUUUCUAUACGAAUUGUAUAUAGAUUUAUAUUGAUGAACUAUUUUUUCCUAUAUUUAUAUACACUUACCUUGUACUUGCACUCUGUCCCUUUUAUCAGGUCCAAUUAGCAACAUUGUAGUUCUACAAUUACAGAUUGCAGUCCAUCACUUUCUCUGAAUAUUAUUUAUUAGCCCUCCUGGCCCUGUCCUUCACUGGUUAGGACCACCACUGAGGAAGCAUUAUUUGGGUGGUGGAUCAUUCUCAGUACAGCAAUGAUGCUGGCAUGACAUAUUAGUGCCUGUUGUGCUGGUACAAGUAGAUCAGACACUGGUGUUACUAGGGCUUUUAAACAUUAUGUACACUUACUGCCCACUGUAUUAGACAUACCUACCUUGUUUGUCCACCUUUUAGAGGGUGGUGACUCGUGAUCCUGUGGGGGUCCUGACGAUUGAAGGAAGGGGGGUUGCAGAUGUGAAGCUAAAAAGUGCACCUAUAUAGUAAGUGGAGCUAAAAAGGGGCGUGGGGUUUCUAUAAUUAUGGAUUUUGUAAGGGAAGAGAAGGAAGAGACUAGAGCAGUUUAAAGACUCUGCAAAAAGGCUAAUUUCUUGAUUAGUCAUUGAAGAGUUUCAUCCCAAAAUACUGUAUACAUUUGUAACAAUUUGGAUAUAAGGAGCUUUUUAAAACAAUAACGUAUACUUCUCGAAUAUAACAUUGAUAUUUCUUCCAACAGCGAAAGUGGUCCACAACGCAUCAGUUUGAUAGUAUCUUGCACGCUUUUGGACCCCGUGUAAUUGUACGAGUUUCACUUUUCGUCUCUUUAUCACGCACAACUUCUGAAAUGAACUCCGGAACGACUUCCUGGUCCAACCCUCACACACUCGACUUCACAGGUUCUUCUCAGCUGGUAUAUUGUGUCUCUUUCAAAACGUUUCUUUUUUGUUUUGUUAAUAAAAUGAAGUAGAUAGUAUAAAAGUUUGGCUGUUACCGACCAGCACGAUGAGACCCUGAUCUUGCUGGUCUGACGCUAACAGAGGUGAGCAGAGGUAGAGAUUUCUUCAUAGGUUACAUUCUUAAAGGUUUUAUCUUCAUCUUCUCAGCCUGUUUUACCGGUCACGCCUUAAGCUUCUUGGAGUUUCUGAGGUUUCAGGAACCCCGUCAGUGUCUGGAUUUAUCCGCUGGUCGAAGAUAAGAAAGGUGAUUAAGCCUUAUGAACACAGAAUAUCAAAAUGACUGAUUCAAACAAACCUCAACGCAAGCUAUCCACAGCCGGGGACAGCUUAUACAAGACAUUAGGCUUGGAGAAGGGCGCAUCAUCUGAGGAAAUUAAAAAAGCUUACAGGAAACUAGCACUGCGAUAUCACCCAGACAAAAACCCAGACAACCCAGAAGCUGCAGAAAAGUUCAAAGAGAUCAACAAUGCCAACUCCAUUCUUAAUGAUGAGAACAAACGGCAGAUCUAUGAUGAAUAUGGUUCCAUGGGCCUUUAUGUUGCAGACCAGUUUGGAAAAGACACUGUUAAAUAUUACUUCCUCAUGUCAAAGUGUUGGUUCAAGACACUUGUCGUCUGUGGAAUGAUCUUUACAUGCUGCUGCUGCUUCUGCUGUUGCUGCUGCUGCUGUGGAAAGUGUGCACCAGAGGAGGACGAGGAAGAAUAUUUAUAUGUUGAUCCAGAGCAGCUGGAAGCUCAAAUGUUUGAGGAGCAAAACAGAGCCCAGGGCUCAGUGAUCAUAGGCAUGCCAGCCCCUAGUGCAGACACCACAGACUCAAGUGAAGGUGGCUAUGUUGCUCACAGUCUUGCUGUAAUGACUGAUGCAGCUCACCUUCUGACUGACUUUGGCAGCAUCCUGAUCAGCCUCUUCACCCUGUGGAUCUCUUCAAAACCUGCCUCUAAAAGCCUCACAUACGGGUGGCAUCGGUCAGAGGUUCUUGGUGGUCUUUUGUCAGUGCUGUCCAUAUGGGCUGUGACCACUGUGCUGGUAUUCAUGGCCAUCCAGAGGAUCAUCCAAAAUGACUACGAGAUACACAGCGGUGUCAUGCUCAUCACCUCUGGCUGCGCUGUGGUAGUAAAUAUCUUAAUGGCUCUUAUUCUCCAUCAGUCUCCAUCGUCUCACCGUCAUUGCCAUAACCAUGGCAACACCAGCGUGAGGGCCGUCUUCAUCCAUGUGUUGGGAGAUUUGCUACAGAGCCUGGGUGUUCUGCUAGCUGCCACAAUUAUCUAUUUUCAGCCUGAAUGGAAAAUAGCAGAUCCUGUUUGUACCUUUCUCUUUUCUAUAUGUGUUCUUGCAACAACAUCUACAAUUCUCAAAGACAUUUUCAAAGUACUCAUGGAGGGAACACCACAUGGAAUAGACUAUGAUGCUGUGAAAGAAGCCCUGCUAUCAGUUAGAGGAGUCAAAGCUACUCACAGUCUUCACAUUUGGGCACUGACCAUGAAUCAGCCUCAGAUAUCGGUCCAUGUGGUCAUAGAUGAGCAGACCAAUCCACAGUUUGUUCUUAUGGACAUGACAAAGCUGCUUCAGUCAGAAUUUGGCCUCCAUAAUGUCACUGUCCAAAUAGAGACAUAUUCAGACGAUGCUGCUUACUGUGACAAGUGCCAAAAACCAAUGGACUGAGAUACUGGAGCCUUGACAUACUUCUACAUUUUAAAGAGGAAUCUCCAACAUUGUGGUUAUGUGGACAGUUUUAAAUUUAACAUUGGGUCUCAAAUGUUUGAAGCACAGGGUGAGUGUGCCCAGGGUGGAUGGUGACUGUCUGGCCUUUUACAGAGCCUGAUUUUGAUUGCAGCUGUUGCCUCUGCAUUGCACACUCCGGUCAUAUCUGAAUAGGUAUAAGCUCUCCCUUAGAGCAGCCAGCUAAAGUCAACCUGUGUUAUUUACACCAUUAAAGUCACUUUCUCCUCAGCUGUUAGUUUUUUAUAAUUUUUUUUAUUAUAAAUGCAAUACACUGCUUUUUUCUUAAUGCGCUUUUCAAAAAAUGCAAAAUAGAAAUAUCUUUUACUUCAGCUGUCAUAAUGCUAAAGACUCAAAUCAUAUCACAACUGUAGAGGCUUUAUGUGAAAUACAGAACAAUGUGUUUAGACAGCCAAAAUACCAGCAUUAAAAAGGUGUACAUAUUAAAAGAUACACUGUGUAAGAUUUUGAAAUGUGUAAUUGGCAGCAAUGUGGGGAAGAACAUUUUGUAAUGUCAGUUACGCUUUGGCCUCCUCCACAAGCAGAUGAGCCUGAUCACUGCAAGCACAUUCAGAGCAUACAAAGAGAACUCCGUCAAAACCUGGUAAAGGAUGCAUCUUUCAAGGAUGCAAAUGAAUCAUCUACUAUUUUCAUCUUAUCUUCCUCAGUGUAAGGUUGAUUUUGCAUGUGGGACCUAAACAUUGAGCCAGAGCAUGAGCUUUAAAUAUGUAAAUACGCCUA